CGCCUGCAGCAUGUUCGUCACUCUCGCCCACCGUUGGGUCUUCGGCCGCGCUCGCCUCACCGCCAGCACGGACAGAUGACCCUGUCGUGUCGUCCGUGUCACGGUGACUUUCUCGCUGCCUCCGUUCGUCUUGCCGUUGUCGUCGAGCCUUCGAGUGCUCGAUGCGUCUCUGGCGCUUGCGCGCUCGCCGCGCUGCCUCCACUUCGGCUGCACGCCGCUGCUCCACAUCCUUGGCUCGUACGCGUAGCACCUUGGCCUUGGCAAGGUCGCGUACCCGUAUCUCCUCCGUCACCACCUCUUGGACAUGCGGCGUGCCGUCCUUCGGUUCGUCGUCGUUGGUGUCACGUGGCAUGGCGCCAGCGGAUGUCACGACGCCAUUUCCCUCCUCGUACAACCGCUGCACGGCGCGCAAUUGCGCCUCGACUCGCGCAUCCAGCUCUUCCUUGCUGGGGACGCCGCUGCGGUCGAAGCCGCACGCCUCCAACAGGUCACGCGUGUCGACCACCACGCGUCUGUCGUCGCCCUCGGUCUCAGUGCCUCCGUUCGUCAUCUCCGUCACUGCGAACCUCACGCGCUUACCCGCGUUCUCGUCGCCGUCGCUCUUCGUCACGGACACCGUCUUCGGAACCGUUCCUUCCGCGUUGGUGGCCGCGUGCGCCGCGCCAUCCCCAGUCGACACUUCCUCCGUCGUCGCGCACGAGGCGUCUGACGCCACGGCCGUCCGUGGCCUCGUCCGCCAGCGAUGCCGUCGCUGGCCCGUCGUUCGUCACCGCCG